UCCACAAUUUAUAUCCAUGCCCAUCACUGAAGAUGAACAAAGGCAGGCUGCAUUAAAAUUUUAUGACAUUGCCCGAUUUCCACGAAUUAUUGGGGCAAUAGAUUGCACUCAUGUGCGAAUGAAGUCACCAGGAGGAGAAACUGCAGAGAUAUACAGAAAUAGAAAGGGAUAUUUUUCUAUUAAUAUGCAAGCAAUAUGUUCUGCUGAUUUAAUGUUCAAUGAUGUCGUUGCACGAUGGCAUGGAUCUGCCCAUGAUUCCCACAUCUGGGACAAUUGUAAUCAACGGCGACAUUUUCUACAGGGUACUUAUCGAAAUUACUGUUUACUUGGUGACAGUGGAUAUGCUCAAACCACAUUUAUGAUGACUCCAUUUGCAACAGUGAGUUCUGCAAAUCAGUCUUUAUAUAAUGAGUCACAAAUACGGACCAGAAAUACUAUUGAACGUACUUUUGGAAUAUGGAAAAGAAGGUUCCCUAUUAUGUCAAGAGGUAUUCAAGUACAUUUAAGCAGGAUACCUGGGAUUAUAAUUGCUACUUGUGUGCUUCAUAAUAUUGCACGACUUCAAAAUGACCCAGAACCACCCACUGAUCCAGAAUACUCGCCCAUAUUUGAUAUUGAUGAUGGACUUGAACUAUCAAUGAGUGGCAGCUCUGUCAGAAGUACAUUGGGACACCAGGCUCGCCAAGUUUUGGUAGAAGAAUAUUUUGGUAGAUUAUAAAUCUAUUGUUUUAAAAUAUUUUACAUAAGUUUAAUGGGUACAGUCAGCACCAAAAGUCGAUGAACAGAAUCAACUUGACAAAACACCUGUUCACAAUAA